UCCGUUGAAGACGUUCUUCUGUCUAAAAAUAGUUUUGUUGACAUUUCUCACUUAAUUUUUUUCUUUAGUUUUUUCAAUUGAAAGGUGAAAGUAAUUGAUAAAAGGUCAAAAAAAUGACAACUGACUAUGAAAAUAAUGAAGAAAUCAAAAUAUUUCGCGAAUAUUUGAGAAUUCCUUCGGUUCAUCCCAACAUCGAUUAUGAGCCAUGUUUGAAGUUUAUCAAAGCACAAGCUGACUCACUAGACUUAUCUUACAACGUUUAUCGUGUCGUAAAUCCCAAGAAGCCAGUUGUUAUUUUGACAUGGAAAGGUUCCGAUUCCAAAUUGCCGGCAAUUUUGCUCAAUUCUCACAUGGAUGUUGUGCCUGUGUUUGAAGAAUAUUGGACUCAUCCGCCAUUCGCUGCGGAAAUGGAUAAAGAUGGAAAAAUCUUCGCCAGGGGAUCGCAAGACAUGAAAUGUUGUGGAACGCAGUAUCUGGGAGCGAUAAGGGCUUUGAAGAAGGCUGGAUUUGUUCCGAAACGAACAAUUCAUGUCUCGUUCGUGCCUGAAGAGGAAAUCGGAGGCGUUGAAGGAAUGCAAGAAUUUGUUUUGACAGAUGAAUUUAAAGCACUGAAUGUCGGAUUUGCAUUAGAUGAGGCGAUUGCUUCGGAAGAUGAGGUUUUUCAUCUUUUUUAUGCUGAAAGGAGUAUUUGGCAUGUUCAAUUCCGCAUCAACGGCACUCCCGGACAUGGCUUAGUAUUGCUUCCGGAAACUGCUGGAGAAAAGGCUACUCGAUUAAUGUCCAAAAUUAUGGCUUUUCGUGAGACACAAGUCAAAAAAAUGAAGGAAGAAAACCUUUUGAUCGGUCAAGUAACAACAGUGAACUUGACAAAAAUGUCUGGAGGCGUCCAAACUAACGUCGUUCCCCCACAAUUGACGGUAACUUUUGACAUGCGCUUGGCUUUAGAUGUCGACCAUGCUCAAUUCGAGGCUCAGCUGAAGCAAUGGUGCGAGGAAUCUGGCGGCGGAAUCGAAAUUUUCUUCGAAAUCAAGAAUCCGUAUGUACCGCCGACGAAAAUGGAGGACUCUGAUCCUUACUGGAAGACCUUCAAAGGGACUUUGGAUGAACUUGGCUUAAAAAUUCGUCCUUCCAUUUUACCUGGAGCGACUGAUAAUCGAUUUUUGCGUCGAGUUGGCAUCACCGCAUUCGGAUUCAUGCCAAUUAACAACCAUCCGUUACUCUUGCAUGACCACGAUGAGUUCUUAAAAGCCGAAACUUACCUCAAAGGCAUCGAAUAUUACACAAAAAUCAUCGAAAAUCUCUCGUCGUUGGCAUGAAAAAAAUUUAAUUUUAAUUUUAAAACAUUUAUUUUCGAAUAAAUAAUAUUUUUUGCAACGGAA